AUAAGCCUGUCAGGCACUCUGUAAUGAGGCGACACGUGAACAUCCAGUGACCUGAAUCAAAUUAGUACUUUUUAUGCUUAGCAAGACGUUGCCAAAAUAUUGGGUGUGGAAAUAAAUUUUAAAAAAUAAUACCGAUCUAUUGGCAAAGCCAACAGUUUUGAUUAUGAGAGAAAUUUUAUGAUAAGGUAGGCCACUUUUCUUUUUAGCUGUUAAUAUGGUGAUUUUUUUGACAGCUUUCUCCCCUUUGGCAGUCUCCAACUCGCCGCUCCUGACUGCUGCAACCGAAAUAUCACAAUCUUUUCCAAUAUCUUCCGAACCAGAGAGAGAGAGAGAGAGAUAUGCUUGAACCAGGGUUUUGCUAUAUCUUACAAUAUAAAAAGCCAAGGAACCAUGCUUUUCACUCCGGACUAACGUGUCUGAUUUUCAAGAAAAGAAACGAGCUAAUCUCAUCAAAAUAACAAGGUCCUUUUUCCGGUAAAACCUUGCCCGUCUUUCUAGCAUCUACCUAUGGGUGGGAAUACAUUUGGAUGUUCACGCGGGAGGUGCGGCAGGUGCUCAAAGUCCUGUUAUUGGUAAUCCUUCUCGACAUCAUGCGAAACUCUAAAAUAUGAAAGAACAAUAUGAAUGGUUCACCAGAGUGGGCGGGAGCAUUUAUUGGUGAACUGUACUUGGUUUUUUGAGCGCGAGAGCCGUGACCCUUCUAACUCUUUACCAGACGUAAUGCGCAGCCUUUGAUAUAUAUCUACUUGACCGAGUCCUGGCCUCCAAGUGGAGGCGACGGAUCCAGCUUUAGAAAAAUGGAGUUGAAUGGCUGCAAGAGCUUUUAUGAGCAAAGAUUGAAGGGGAGAGUUGCCAUCAUAACAGGGGGCGCUAAGGGCAUAGGAGCAGCCACUGCUAAGCUGUUCGCUCAUAAUGGGGCCCACGUCAUCAUCGCGGACAUCCUCGAUGACGUGGGCCUUACUUUGGCUAAACAAAUAGGAGCUCGCUACGUGCACUGUGACGUGGCCUGUGAGUCCGACGUGGAGGCCGCGGUCGAUGUGGCGCUGACUUGGCACGGCCAGUUGGACAUCAUGCUCAACAAUGCGGGCGUAGAAGGCCCCUCCGGCAGCAUUGCGGCCAUGAGCAUGAAGGAGAUGAAGAAGCUGGUGGCCGUGAACGUGUGCGGCGUGGUCCAUGGCAUUAAGCAUGCAGCCCGUGCCAUGAUGGGGACGAAGGGCGGCUGCAUCAUCUGCACCUCCAGCUCGGCGGCGGUCAUGGGCGGCCUCGCCUCGCAUGCCUACAGCCUCUCUAAGGCAGCACUGCUGGGCUUAGUCAGGAGCGCAGCAUGUGAACUGGGGGUGCAUGGGAUACGGGUGAACUGCAUUUCGCCGCAUGGUGUGCCAUCGGACAUGCUCGUCAAUGCUUACCGGAAAUUCCUCGGCAAGCCGGACCUGGAGGCUGAUGACAUUCAGCGUAUGGUCGCGGAGUCCGGCAGCCUUCUCAAGGGCAGGAGUGCGGCCAUGGAGGAUGUAGCACGGGCGUCGCUCUUCCUAGCUAGCGACGACGCAGGCUUCAUCACCGGACACAACUUGGUGGUGGAUGGAGGCUUUACUUCUGCUCAUACCACACUAAGAUUCAUAUAUCAGUAACUUGGAUUGCAUUGAACCGUAGUAUCUGAAUGCCUAGUUAGAAAAGGACAAAAGAAGAACAAGUUUGCCAUAAAUGCAUAGAAUACUUACGCUCAUUGAGAGCGAUAGUUCAUAAGGAUUCAUUCAUGUACCCGCCUGUAAUACCAACAGUUACCUGCAAGAGAAGGCGAGAUCACUUACUUUUGCAUUGAAGCAGCUA